CGUAAACAGAACAAACUCUCUCAUUCAUCUCAAGUUCUGAAUAUUCACUAUUACAGGCCUAGCUGACACUGCGCCGUUGGAUAAAAGCCGUCGGAUAUUUACAGCUGUUUUUCUGCAGAAGGGAAUAAAACGCAGGAAUAUUUUCGCUCCACACAACAAAUGGACUAAAACUGCAAAUUAAGUGAGAGUGGACGCCAGGACAUCAAGAAAGCAAGACUUCUCCGAGCAAUGUCCAACACAACAGGGCGAGGUCAUGGGGGUCUUAAUCAACUAGGUGGCAUGUUUGUGAAUGGACGGCCGCUUCCGGAAGUCAUCCGGCAGAGGAUUGUGGACAUGGCACACCAGGGUGUGCGACCCUGUGACAUCUCCCGCCAGCUUAGGGUCAGUCACGGCUGCGUCAGUAAGAUCCUGGGCAGGUACUACGAGACCGGCAGCAUUAAACCAGGAGUCAUUGGGGGAUCAAAGCCUAAAGUUGCAACUCCAAAAGUAGUGGAGAAGAUAGCAGACUACAAACGCCAGAACCCCACGAUGUUUGCGUGGGAAAUCAGAGACAGACUUCUGGCAGAGGGCGUCUGUGACGGGGACACUGUACCCAGCGUCAGCUCUAUCAACAGAAUUAUUCGGACAAAAGUUCAGCAGCCUUUUAAUCUUCCUCUGGACACUAAAGGUCUGAGUCCUGGACACACACUGAUUCCCAGUUCAGCCGUAACCCCUCCAGAAUCUCCCCAGUCAGAUUCUCUGGGCUCCACCUACUCCAUCAGCGGCCUGCUGGGCAUACCGCAGACCAACAGCGACGGAAAGAGAAGCCAUGAUGACAGUGACCAGGAGAGCUGUCGGCACAGCGUGGAUUCACAGGGCAGCAGCGGUGCUCCCAGAAAACAGUUAAGAACUGACCACUUUCCCUCUCAGCAUCUGGACUGCGGCUUUGAACGGCACCACUACAAUUCCGACGUAGGCGGGAAGACAGAACAGUCGCUGUACCCCUUCUCGCUCAUCAACGCCGGUUUGGAUGAUGGUAAAAAUCGAAACCUGACAACACAUCAAGGUUAUGCGGUGGUCGCAGAACCCCUACAGCCCCUCCCACUUUGUCUGAAACAGGAAAUGUCACCCGAGUUGAACGGCUCGAGCCCCUCCCCCAACAUCAUGGCUAAUUCCGCUUUCCUGGAUCUCACUUCCAUUUCCGCUCCCUCGUCAGUCUCCAUCGGUGCCAGCUGCACUGGUUCCGCUCAUUUAUCUCAUGGCUUCAACUCAUUGUCCCAUCAUGGCCCUGUGCACGGGCAGUUCAGCAGCUCGCCCUUCAUCGCAGGACGAGAUGUGACGAGCUCAAUGCUGCCCGGCUACCCACCACACAUUCCCUCUGCUGCUCAGACGGGGUUCUCGGCGUCCACCAUCACGGGGAUGGUCACAGGUCCAGAGUACACGGGCCAGAGCUACAGUCACCCAUCAUACACCUCCUACAGUGACGCGUGGAGAUUCACCAACUCAACUAUUUUAGGUUCUCCAUAUUACUACAGCUCUGCCUCGAGAGCCGCGCCUCCGUCCACCGCAUACGACCAUCUCUAGUGACAGAAAACCGCUUCAAACCCAAGAAGAAAAGAAAGACAUUUAGUUUUUUACAAUGGAAUGAAGAAAAGAAAUCAUAAGGCGUGUGAAGCAAGCGAGCAUAUUCACGGACGAUACCUUUUGUUGCCUGUAAAAAUAUUUAUUUUCUGUGUUCAGAGCCGGUUUGAAGGCGAUUUGCAAACCACACAAGUUUACAUUUUGAUCAAGUAGACAAAUCCCAGUCACUGAGUAUUUAUAGUUCUGAUAGCCAAAGACUGUAGCAAAUUGUUUUAUACAUUCAUGGACAGACGUGUUAUUUUUAUCACAGAUUAUGUUUAGCAAGUGUCACACUAACCCUGAAUAAAUAACCAAUACAAAAUAAAACCAUUCUUCAAAAUCA